CUAAAUUUCGGGCAUAAUAAUUUAAAGAUUAAAGAAUGUUAAGUAGCCAACAGAGUCUUGAUGUGAACACCUGUCGGAUUUGCCAUGAUGAUGAAAGUUUGGAGCAAUUGGUAGAACCAUGUGAAUGUUCGGGAACGGUAGCUCUUAUGCAUAUAAGUUGUUUAGAGAAAUGGCUUACCACGUCAAAUACUCGAUCGUGUGAAAUAUGUAAAUACAGGUUUCCUCUUCAAACAUUGAACAAGCCAGUUAUGGUGUCACUCAAACAAUGGCUAAAGAUAAAAAGUAACUCCAGAGGAUUGAUAGUUGACUCAAUAUGCGUGCUUGUUCUGACAUUUUUAUUCAUGUCUGGAAUGUAUCUGUGCUAUAUUGGAAUUGUUUACUUUACACAACUUAAAACUUGGGAAAGCACUAUAAUAUUAACUUUAUCAAUUAUAUUGAUUCUUAUUUAUUGUAUUUGGCUGGCUGUUACAAUAAGAUUUCACUUGCAUUCAUGGAGACUGUGGCAUAAAAAAAAUAAAGAUAUCAAAUUGCUGAUUAAAAAUGGGUCAGAUAGCGACAGGACACAUGUAAUACAUUCAAAUAGUAUCCAAAGACCAUUGAAUAGAAAUGAUGAAAGUAACAGUGAAAUAAUUAAUGAUAAUAAUAAUACAAAUAUGGACAGUAAUUUGAAUGAUGUAAAUACUUCAAAUGGAUUUAGAAUGUGGUACAAUAGAUUGUUAAAUAAUCAUCAAAAUUUACAGCAACCAGUGCGAGAAUCAUUAGUAUAAUCAUACAUAGUACAUAAAAAUAUGCGUAUAUUUCUUAAUUUACAUCGAUAAUCAAAAAUAUAUAUAAACUAUUUUUUCCAAGAAAUUUU